AUGAGGCCCCCGCUCCCUCUCGCUCUCCGUGUGGUCGCUGCACUCCUGCUCGUGGACGUUGCUGUCAUGGACGCCUUCGGACAUGUGGUUUACAACCACGGCUCCACCUGCGUAGGUUACAAUGCACUGCCUGCGUGCUUUGGACCGCCCCUCCCGAGUGAAGGGCUGAUGGGGUACUUGAUUGAGGCCAUGCCUGCAAAUGCCUGUGAUCCUAUAGAAGGCCCGCCGGCAUCCUCCAACUCCUCUGAGGCUUUCAUCGCACUCAUCCGUCGGUCUGACUGCCCCUUUGGUGUCAAGGUCCUUCACGCACAGCAAGCCGGAUACCAAGCCGCUGUUGUGCACAACGUAAAUGCAGAGCAUCUGGUGAACAUGGUAACUGACGACAAAGAAAUCAGGCAGCAGAUUGCGAUCCAGUCUGUCUUCACAGGGCAGUCGGCCUACAGGCAUCUGAGAAGGGCUUCACGUUAUGAAAAAGGGGCUUAUGUCACCCUGGUGGCACCCAAAAAUCCUCAUAACUCUUGCCAGGAUGCUGCUACGCCCUCCAUGUGGGCUACUGCUAAGCAGCACUGGCCACGCACGUUUAAAUAUUCCGCAUACCAUGUCAUUCCUUAUGUCCUCCAGGAGUUUGGGUUCAUGAUCAACGUGAUCAUUUGCAGUAUCCCGCUUGUGGUCUGCAUGCGAUGGUGCACGAAGGGCCGGAAGAUAACCCUGUGCACCUUCAAAAGGGGAGACCGGUAUGAGAUGUGUGUGAUCUGCAUGGCUGAGUAUGAAGAAGGAGAUCAGCUUAAGAUCCUCCCUUGUUCUCAUGCCUAUCACUGCGUGUGUAUCGAUACCUGGCUUCACACCCAGCCCAGGAAUAAAAUCUGCCCCUUUUGCAAGCAGCAGGUGACAGGUGAAGCUCAGGAUGUCAGUCUGCACAGAGGGAGGAACCCACAGGAGCAAGCGGCAGGAGAGGACCACGCAGAGGAUGGGGAAGAUGAAGAUGGUCAUGAUGACGAGUAUAUUGAGGGAGAGGAAGAAGACAAUCAAAGUGCAGACACUGAGGAAGGGUCUGAUGAGCUGGAGAAUGACCCCCAUUGA